AUGUCUUCGCACUGUGCGACUUUCUACUUGGAAGGCCUCAUCUGCGGCCACUCGUCCGGUCCAUCGCCAUACGCCCAACCCAUUUCCUCCUUGCUCUAUGUGCUGUCCAACCUCAUAGCAUGUACCUUCUUCACCGAGGAUGCAGAGCCACUCAAGACGACGUUCCACACUUCCACUCUCCGCUCUUGUCAGUUGAUCGCAAAUGGUGUACGAAGCCUGUCCAUUCAUAAUUUGGCAUUCCCGACAUUGCUGUCGUUCUCUCGGAUCAUCUCAGCAUUCAGAAAGCUCGAGGUCGUUACAUGCAGCAGAGUUGAAAUCAAGAAGGUCGUUGAUCUGCAUCCUGGCCAACUUGAACGCUUGUCGAGGCACCUGCAGCUGAGGAAGCUUUCCGUGGAGUGGGGUGUUGACGCAUCAGCAGCUGCGUUAUUGUUAGCGCUAGCUAAGCCGACCUUGGAGAGCCUAGUUCUCGCACCGACAAUCGGGACAGCCAAUCCCUAUGCGCAACUGCGGGCAACCUCCGAAGCUUCCAGUUGGACUCGCGUCAAAUGCCUAGUGAUAAAGAUGACAUUGCAGACCAAGGACGUCGUAUUUGCAGUGAAGCUACUGAAGGCGUUUCAUCCAGCUAGCUUGCGGGAAGUAACCGUCAGCUUUUACUCCACGUCCUAUGGAGACUACAUCAGCAUUUUGGCCGACGAAGCUCAUUGGGAGCUAUGUUCGGAGUUGGAACGAGUCUUGCGUCGUUUCCCUGAGCACACAAUGCUGUUCUCCGCCGACGAGCCCCUAGCCCAUACCCAAAGUGCCUCUAUAGGCACACGAUCGUGGACGACCCCUCCCCAAGUCAACCGCGCCGUACACGUCAACAGGCCAACAGAACCUUGUGAGUCUUGCACGACUACUAUUUUGGCUAGAAAUUCAAAGCCAACUGAUGAUUGA